ACUUGUCAUUAUGACAUGUCAUCUUUCUUAGAAUAUCCUCAGUUUCCUCAAUCCAAUGAUUCCAUAGUUAUAGACCCACGAUUGUCAACUCCACAACUUCCCAUACAUUUUCCAUAGUGUCCUGAAUUCCAAGUCGCUAUUAUUAAUGUAUUUUCUCAUCAUGUUUUUGAUUCUUAUCUCUAAAUCAGCCCCAACAUUCAUAAUCCUUAUUUCAAGAAAGCAGACAUAAUUUGCUUUCCAACUGUUUCCUUACAUUUUCCAAGAUUGCAUUCAGUCACAUUUUCUACAGUUAAGAAACCAUUCUUCCAAAGGAUUAUCCACAUACAUGAUCAUCUUCAUCUAUUUAUAAACCAUCAGUAAUCUUCUUUUGAAGAAGUGGAAAAAGGAAUAUGCCCAUUUCAGUGUAUGCUUGACCAUUGUAAAAAUUGCAAUUCACCAAUAUUCUAAUAUCUUGUCAGUUAAAAAUCCAACAAACAAUACAGGAAUUCGGCAAGAGUUAAAGAAUCAUGAGUUUGUUUUCCUUUAGCCCCGACCUUCUUUCUUUCCUUGUGUCCCAAUCUGUUCUUUGCACUUAAUUUCAUCAUUCAUUUCCUGUAGUUUUAGUUACAGCCCCACCACACAUGUAGCAAGAUAGGAUAGACAAAGGAAGGCUUGUAGUAUAGAGAAUUAUGCAAAUCCUUGCAGUUGCAGAGAUGGAGUGACCCCUUGUAGACUGAAGUACAAACUGAUUGCAAAAUUAGAUGUCUAGCCUAGCUCGUCAAGAAGAAAGACAUCACAGAUCUAGGAAUGCACAGAACUGACACUGAGAAGAAUGACCAUGAGUUCCUCAAGAACCUCCAUCUGCAUGUUUUCUAGAACUACAUUUUCCCUGCAUGAUGUAUCCAACAUUGUUGUUGUUGUGUCUUGUACUUCUUAGAUUUUGGGUUCUUAUUGUAUUUACUGAAGUUAAGAUUAUAAAAAUUUAGGUAUUUUAUAAUUAUGUUUAGUUGAUAAUUGUGUUGAUUUUUCAGACAAGUGUUAUUGUGUUUGUUUUCCUUAUGUUUCAUGUCAUGUCCAGUAUUGUUUGUGUUGUGUGCCAUUGCCACUGUGUGCCUUGUCUCUGUGAUCUGUGACACUGAUCCUGUUUGUGUGAAAAGAACAUCCUUUUUUAAUUCAAACAUUGACUUGCAUAUAUAAUAUUUCAGCAGACAGGUUUGGAUAUGGCUCAGUGACAAGAGUUAAUAUGUGACACUUUAUGGCUCUCUGUUGGAGACAUUACGUAUGAAAAAAUGAACUGAGCAAGGAGUUUCCAUGCAACAAAACAGAUCACCAAGGAAACAUGACACUUUAGAAGUAACUCUUAUGAUGCCAGGCACUGCAGACAUCAAGGACGUUGGGGUAGAGACCUCACUGAGGAUACUAGCAAACUAAUUCCAUUUUAACAUCGAAGGAACCUUGAACAAAGAUAUCUUUAAUAUGUUUCAAAGUUUUAUUCAGUUUUCUCCUUAUUUUCUUGAAAACAUAUAUAUCUUAGUGUCUAAAAAGUUUAUAUGAUUUUUAAGUUUCCGGUUAACCUCAAGAUAUGAUUUAGGAAGUGGUAGACUACAUUCUACGUAUUAAGUAUCAUUAUAGCUGCUGACAAGGAAGGAUAUGACAUCAUCUUCAUGUUGGACGAAACAGCAAGGUUGCCACACUUUGACUGGAUCCAUGAAUUUGUGAAAACAUUUGUAUCUACCCUGGACAUAAAAUCAGGGAAGUACAGAGUAGGGUCAAUGAGGUACAGUCAAAAACCCAACACCAUUGUGGAUCUUGAUGAAUACACGAAACAUCAACAGAUCCUGGAUAUCAUAGAUGACAAGUUCAUCAAUCUACCAAGAGUAUCACCUUCAAAUGUUGCUCUGGCCUUUGACCAUGUUCUCUCCAAUAUGUUCACUCCUCAAGCAGGGGAUAGACCAAAAGCUUCAAACUUUGUCGUGCUACUGACAGACAGUCAUGAAAGUGUUCACACAGAGGAAACCAUUUCUGCUGCUCAGAGGUUGAAGGAUACAGGUGUAGGCGUGUAUGCAGUAGGGAUCAAACUAAAUGACACAUAUGAGCUCGAUUCUAUAUCCUCCAAACCACUGGAUGAGUUCCAGUACCUGAUACAAGAUGGACAGGAACUAGAGAACUUUACUCAAGUGAUCCAGCACCGAAUGAAAGAGGUGGUCCAUAGUGAAGAUGGUUAUGACAUUGUAUUUAUGCUGGACAUGUCUGUGGACCGCAUCUACUAUGGAUGGAUGACAAAUCUAUCCUCCGAGAUUGUAGAUAAGUUGGACAUCUUCUCUGGCCAAUACAGGAUUGGAGCAAUCACAUACUCCAGACUGCCAAAAUUGCGCUUCCACCUGAACACCUAUGGCUACCAGCCUUAUAUCUUCAAUGCUAUCAACUCCAAAUUCCCUGGUUCCAGCCUUUACAAGUCAAGUCUUGAUAAAGCUCUUGAUUAUGUCCGUACCAGAAUGUUUACCUACAGUAAUGGAGAUCGUCCGCAAGCCCAGAACAUUGUUAUAAUGAUAACAGCCAAUGAUUAUAGUACUCAUAAGAAUAAAACCCUCCAUGCAGCCAAACGAUUAAAAGAGAAAGGAGUGAGUAUUAACAUAGUUGGAUUCAACAUUGGAGACAAAGAGGAACUUAAUGCUGUGUCUUCACUGCCAGCGGAUCAACAUCGCUUCUACAUUAGGACUUUUGAUGAGUUGCUUGAGCUUCCAGGGAUUAUCAACUCUAGUCUUAGAGGUAUGCUAGGCAUGAGACAGUAAAAGACACUUGGAAAGGAUUAUCCUGUGUACAAGCAUCCUAAAUCUCAAUCACUACACACAUCUUUAAUUCUUGAGAUAUAUAUUAGCAUUAUUCUUUACCUCAUUGCAUUUAUCUACAAGAGAUAUGUAUAGUUCUGCAGAUAUUUUAUAGGUGUUUCCUUGUAAGGAUUAAGUUCUCUGUUAAAAAGCUUGUUACAGUAGAAUGAAAUUCUCACUGUAAUGUAAUUGUUUGAAAUUAGUUUCUUAUUAGUGUUUGUGUUUGUUGUUCAGUUGGACAGGUUUUGCCAACCAAGCCUCCUACUC